UUGCUAUCACCUGCGAUAUGUCGUCUCUUAUCUCUGAUCUCAUCAACCUCUCGGAAUCCACCAAAAAAAUCACUGCCGAAUACGUAUGGAUUGGUGGUUCUGGUUUGGACAUGAGAAGCAAAGCAAGAACUCUUCCCGGGCCGGUGACGGACCCGGCAAAGCUGCCAAAGUGGAACUACGACGGCUCGAGCACAAAGCAAGCUCCGGGAGAGGAUAGUGAAGUGAUUUUAUAUCCCCGGGCUAUUUUCAAGGACCCGUUCAGAAGAGGCGACAAUAUCCUGGUGAUAUGCGAUGCCUAUACACCGGCGGGAGAGCCGAUCCCGACCAACAAAAGAGCACCAGCUGCUAAGAUAUUCAGUCACCCCGACGUUGCCGCCGAAGAGCCUUGGUUUGGAAUUGAGCAGGAGUACACUCUUCUUCAGAAGGACACAAAUUGGCCCCUUGGGUGGCCCGUUGGUGGCUUUCCUGCUCCUCAGGGGCCUUACUACUGUGGUGCAGGAGCAGACAAGUCCUUUGGCCGUGAUAUAGUCGAUGCUCAUUAUAAGGCCUGCCUCUAUGCUGGAAUUAAUAUCAGUGGCAUCAAUGCUGAGGUUAUGCCAGGCCAGUGGGAAUUUCAAGUUGGUCCUACAGUUGGUAUUGCUGCUGGUGAUCAAAUAUGGGCUGCUCGAUACAUCCUUGAGAGAAUCACAGAAAUGGCAGGAGUUGUUCUUUCUUUGGACCCUAAACCAAUCCCGGGUGAGUGGAACGGUGCUGGUGCUCACUGUAACUACAGUACCAAGUCAAUGAGAAACGAUGGCGGAUAUGAAGUGAUCAAAAAGGCUAUUGAAAAAUUGAAAUUGAAACACAAGGAGCACAUUUCUGCUUAUGGAGAAGGCAACGAGAGGAGACUGACUGGUCGUUGCGAGACUGCUGACAUCCACACUUUUAGCUGGGGAGUUGCGAAUAGGGGAGCCUCGGUCCGGGUAGGUCGGGAUACAGAGAAAGAAGGCAAAGGGUAUUUUGAGGACAGAAGGCCGGCAUCGAACAUGGAUCCCUAUCUUGUUACUUCGAUGAUUGCCGAGACCACCAUUCUUAACAAGUAGACAAGA